AUGCAGAAGGAACCGUUUGUCCCAUAUCCUUCGUCAAAGACGUGCUGGUAUGUCGUCUCACCCCAAGUUCCUACCAACCACCCACCCCCUGGUCCAUCGGGUGAUUUGCAGCCCCCUCCGGGUGACUUCCUUGAAUUCUCCUCCGAUGGCACGGAGGUGGUAUUCUUCAUUCCGAGCCGGGCAACCUACCCGUAUGCCGUCGAUGCCCUUCCGGCUACCCUAGACAAGCAAUGGGACAAUCCCGAGUUCGCAGUCUACCGUAAUGCGUUCCCUGAGGACUGUGUGUCUGAUCGACCAGUCUUCGAGGCGCACUUCCGCGACCUUGUCAAACGCGAUGUCAAGGCAUCGUACCUCAAGGCCCUCCAGGGUUACCUCUGGAAAGAGGGCUACAAGUCGGGUGAAAUCAAGGCGCCUCUCUUUCCGGAUGUCGCUGAACGUCUUUUGUCCUGGAAGGACGCCGGUCUACGCCUCGUCAUCUACUCCUCAGGCUCUGUUCCCGCCCAAAAGCUCUUCUUUGGCUACACAGAUGCUCAGCCGGCGGACUUGACGCCCCUCAUCUCGGGCUGGUUCGACACGGUCAACGCCGGCCUCAAGACUGAGCCCGGCAGUUAUGCUUCAAUCCUGUCAAACUUCGCCGGCACAAAGCCUGAAGAAUGGCUCUUCCUCAGUGACAACCCCAGCGAAGUCACAGCCGCAAUCAUGGCCGGAAUGCAGAGCAUUCCCGUCGUCCGCCCCGGCAACGCUCCACUCCCAGAUGACCUGAGCCCAACGUUGCAGCCGAUCAGAGACUUCAACGAACUCAAGGGCCUUGGAUCCAAACACUGA